AUGUAUUGCAAUGUCAUUAAUAGUAGGCCAUGGAUUAAAGAAACUUUAUUUUCCAUUGGCCUAAACAAAAGAUUGGACGGGGCAGGAUGGGCGCAGGAGACGGUGGAGACGCCGUGCACAACCCAGGAAGCGGCAGCCAGGACUCCUUUUGGACGGGGCGGCACGGUGGCGCCUGGGAGCGCGGACAUAGAGGCGCCUGGGAGCGCGGACACAGAGGCGCCUGGGAGCGCGGACACAGAGGCGCCUGGGAGCGUGGACGAGGGGGCGCUUGGGAGUGCGGACACAGGGGCGGGGGAUGGUGGCGGCCAGAAGUCCUCGGGAGGAGUAGGCAGUGGCCAGAAGUCCUCGGGAGGAGUAGGCAGUGGCCAGAAGUCCUCGGGAGGAGUAGGCAGUGGCCAGAAGUCCUCGGGAGGAGUAGGCAGUGGCCAGAAGUCCUCGGGCGGAGAAGGUGGCGGCCAGAAGUCUCGGCAGGGACAGCCUCAGUCGUCUGCAUACUGGGCGGCGGCAUUGGAACAGGACAGGACAGAGGCAGGGGCACAGGACAGGACCGGGUCGGGGCACAGGACGGGACUAUGUCUGGGUACUGGUGGCAGGCAGCCGAGACUCCCCGGCAGGAACAGCCUCGGUGGUCUGGGUGCUGGGCGGCUCAACCUCGGUUGGUCAGCAUCUGAUUUCCCAGAAGUCAUUGCAAGAACACGCAUCUCAAAUCAUUCUCCAUCUUCUCGCAAGUCGCAAGACGCUUGGCAAGAACGUUCUUCUCAAGAACGCAACAGGUCUGGUAGCAGAGCCAAGCCCGAAUCAGUGGAGGAGGCUGGUAGCAGAGCCAAGCCCGAAACAGUGGAGGAGGCUGGUAGCAGAGCCAAGCCCGAAUCAGUGGAGGAGGCUGGUAGCAGAGCCAAGCUCGAAUCAGUGGAGGAGGCUGGUAGCAGAGCUGAGCCUGGUGCGGAUGGUGGAGGCUGGUAGCAGAGCCAGUCCUGGGGUCCUGAGGAGACGAGAGUGUGAUUACUGGGAUGCUAGGGAAUGGAUGAUGAUGUGAGGGGUGCCCACAGGGUUGUAUUUGUAUUGUACAUUUGUGUAAAAGUUGUAUUUGUCCCCGAUCUUGUCUCUUCGCUUUCCAAAUGCAAUCAGCUGCUCACAGACUGACAGAAGCUAUAGAUCAAGGCCAAUACAAACAUUUAUCAAAAAGUGUGCAUGUAUUAUCAAGAAAAAACGGACCCUGCUCAACUAGGUGUACUUGUUGACGGUGAAUGAUAUUUUGACUCAAUUAUGAAUUAUGCAUAAUUAGGAAAGAUGAAACAAAUCUUUCAAAAAGUUGAGAUGGGCCUGUCUAAUGUUGUGUAUGUUCUAAUUUGGGUGGAGAAGAAUACCAGGUUAAAUGCCAGACCAAGUUCUUUUUAGUUUAAUAAGAAUUUAUGCAAAUCAAACAAUGAAUACAAUACACCGACGGGUCUCAAUCUAGAUCGGCGAUACCAGUCAAAGUUACCAGUCUCGCUUCAUAGAGUAGAGAAGACAAAGGCCUUUGUGAGAACAGUCUUAUCAGAAGUCUUAAAGAGAGUUCUGCCUAGCCAAGUUCUGCCUGACCUGUCAGUUCGUGUACCCCUUCUGGAAGGGAGGUGUUUGUCAGGUGAUUGGCCACCAGUCGAUGGGGUGAGGAUGUCCUCAUCCUAUUAGAUUUUAGAGGAAGUCUUUGGGCAGUUAGGUGGACCAGGGGGCAGACCUAAAGGUCAGAUGAUGUCCCAGUGGCAAUAGAAUCCAUCCUCCUCCGAGCAAAGGGAUUAAUCCUCCACCGCCUAAAACCAGUUCUGUCUCCCCCUCUAGACCCACAGAGUAGUGAGACCUCAUGUAUCUUUUAUCACCUGGUGUUGACUCUUGGUGUUCUGUUGUGAGGCCCAUUGUACGCAUUGUACACUGUCCCAUGGUGCGGUCAUGGUGCGGUCAUGGUGCGGUCAUGGUGCGGUCAUGGUCCGGACAUGGUGUGGUCAUGUCCCGUCAUGGUGUGGUCAUGGUGCGGUCAUGGUCCGGUCAUGGUGCGGUCAUGGUCCGGUCAUGGUGCGGUCAUGGUGUGGUCAUGGUGCGGUCAUGGUCCGGUCCUCUCGCCCCCCCCUGUCAGUAUGCUGACUUAUUGCAUUCUUCUUCUCACAAAAAGAUACAUUCUCUUGAGAUUGACCCUUUUCUCACUCUCCCAGACACAGUCACAUUCUGGUGCAUACGUUUGGAAUAUAUGUUCAUCACUAUCAUUACUGAUUUUAUCUGAGAGCAUUGAUUAUAUCUGGAAUAUAUGUUAUUACACAUUUUGGUAUAUCUGAAGCAUUGAUUGUCUUUUUAUGUAACAAAGACAUCGAACAUAUGAAAUAGCAGCAUAAAUUGGCAGCAUAGAUUUAAUUCCUCCACAAUAACCACAGGUUACCUCACAUUGGAGGCCACUAGCCUGUGUAUUCAUGCCAUGAUUUGAAUCUAUUAAAUAGAAAACAUUUUAAACAUUGGCAACACUUCAUAUCAAUUACCAUGUAACUGCAUAGCAACAUCCUUUUUUAAACAUUGUUGAUAUAUAGGAAUAAUUAAAUGGAAUUAAGUGUUAGCAGUAUGUGUUAUUAAAGUGAAAGAAGGCACAGGAUGUGGGAGGGGUGGGAGGGGUAAGUGGAUGUUGUAAAGGGGCAGUUGAAGAUUGAGUUACGAGAUCAACAUUAUCACCCACUUACCCCU